AGCACUGGGCCGGGUACAAUUGCUUGAAAAACAGCGACUGUAAAUUGUCCUGCCUAUUUGUAUUUGUGUAAAUAUUAAGUGGAAAAUAAGCAUUUGGAUUUGAUCUUGGAGACUCUUUUAGCAACCAUGUAUUUGUAGUUUGACUUUACAUGGAUUAAGCUUACAGUUUCCAGACUGAUUGCUGUCGUUAGGAUCGUAGUCGGCCAUGUUGUCUGGAUUUUCUUCUUUCAUAAAGCGUCACUCCACAACCGUCAUCGUCGGCGUUGGACUUUCCCUAGCAGUGCCUGCAGCAUAUGCUAUUUACCGCUAUUUAAAGAAUACAAACCAGCAGGCUAAUGCAGAAGCAAGCGAACGAAGAGGAGAGAAAUUGAAUGAGCUCCGUGGAAAACUGGAAAGACUGCUUGUUUCUCUGGAGCAGAUUGUKCCUGAGGUUGCAGAGAAUGAAGAUGAAGAGUGCAUUGUUUGCAAUAGUUCUAAAGCUGUCAUACAGACAUUCCCUUGCAAACACAAAGUGUUAUGCAGAACCUGUUUUGUGAGGACCUUACAAGUAGCUGUAACUGAUUUUAAUCUUCCUCUGAAGUGUGUUUUAUGCAGAACAAGAAUUGCUACUCUUGAYAGAGAAAGACACGAAGAGAAUGCCAUGCAAAGUGGUUCCUCCAUAUAAUAAAAAGUGCUAAGAUAUUUUGGUGCUGAUAAUAUUUGUCAAAUUAUUGCAAYACUAAACAAAGCUAGGAAUUGUUUUAUCACACUGAAAAAAUGUCCACAAUGAGUGACYGAAGAWGGUACAUGCAGUUGCUUGUAUUUUYAGUGAUUUAUUUUGGWRUGCAAMUUUACAUUCUCAUAACCAAACCCUYCCCAAUGGGAAAGUCUGAGAAGRACUAGGGUAUUAGGCUUSCCGCAGCCCAAACAUUAACU